AUGAUCGUCGGGAUCGACUCUGAAUUUGUCGCGCUAACGGCGGAGGAGACUGAGCUUCGCAUCGAUGGGACCAACCUGGUCACCAGACCUUCGAGAAUGUCCUUGGGAAGGGUGUCAGUGGUGAGGUCGCUGGACAGCAAGGCGACAGUUGGGGUGAAGGGAGCGGAGCAGUGCCUGGCAGGCACUCCGAUGAUCGACGACUACAUCAAGACUCCCGAGCAGAUCAUGGACUACCUCACUCGCUUCUCAGGCCUCCUCCCCGGCGACCUCGAUCCUGCCACGUCACCGCAUCACCUUAUCCCUCUCAAGCGCGCCUACGUGAAGCUGCGCUACCUGGUGGACAAGGGAUACAUCUUCGUAGGGCACGGGCUCAACAACGACUUCCGUAUCAUCAACAUAUGGGUGCCGCCUGAGCAGAUCAUGGAUACCGUCAACAUUUAUCAUCUGCCAAAUCGCCGAAAGAUGUCUUUGAGAUUUCUCGCCUACAUCAUCCUCAGUCAGAAGAUUCAGUCUGAAGUCCAUGACUCCAUCGAGGAUGCGAGAACAGCCCUCCUGCUCUACCAGCACUACCUCAACUGCAAGGCGCAGGGGAGGUGGGAGGAAGAGCUUGAGAGGAUCUACGAGGCUGGUCAGAAGUGUGGCUUUCAGGUUCCCGAAGGUCGCUAA